GCUGGGCUGGGCUGAGCUGCGCGCACCGCCCAGGACACUCCCCCUCCGCGCAGGAGGGCACUGGCGCUGCCCCUGCCGCUACCGGUGUCACUGCUGCCGCUGUGGGCAGGGUAGGAAUGGGAAGCGGGCGCCUCGGCCAGUACUCACAGCCACGGCAUGGAGCGCAGCUGGGGCUGCGGCAGCGCCGCGGGCAAGCGUUGCUUGAGACAACCUCCAUGUCCAAAACAAAAUGAAGAAAGAAAGAAAGAAAGAAAGAAAGAAAGAAAGAAAGAAAGAAAGAAAGAAAGAAAGAAAGAAAGAAAGAAAGAAAGAAAGAAAGAAAGAAAGAAAGAAAGAAAGAUACAAAGAAAGAAAGAAAGACAAUUCCAAUGCAAAACCAACCUUAUGCCCAAGUCUUCUGUUAAUAUUGAACCAGAUUCUGUCAUCUUCCCUCUCUGCAUUCAGACAGAGAAAAUUGCACAGCAUUAAGAGCUAUCACAAACCUACAAUGGAUAUUUGUUGUUCCUUGUGCUGGGUUAACAGAGUC